AUGCCUGCGCUGCUGCCCAUUCUACCAUCCUCUGCUCUGCUCUGCCGCUCUUGCCAUGCCUCAUUCAUCCCUUUUCCCCAUCACAGGAUCCGCGCUGCUCUCUCAACCCCGGCACGUGUCCUCAUCAUCUUGGGCCACGAGGGCACCCUCUCAUCCGAUAGUGCCACAUGGCGCCGUGUCAUUGGCCACACCAAGGCCCACGGCAGGUUCUUUGACGCAGAGCGACUGGGCGAGGCACUGAGGAGGGCGGUGAGGGCGAGGCGCGCGGCAGUGGACGAGAUGGCGCAGAUGCUGGGGGAGGCUACUGGAUUCGCGUCUGGGAGGGCUGUGGGAAGCGCCUGUGGGCGGGAGGGUGGGUGGGGCACUGUGGAGGGAAUUUCAUUGAUCCCUGUCACUCCCCCUUCCCUCUUAUUCUACCACCGCCCCCCUGUAUUCCUGCAUGCACCUUGCUCCGUCUUCCCUGCGCAAACCAACAUUCCCACGGGCUACAUCCCCCUCGCCUCCCUCUGCUUCCCCCCACCCCCUUCCUCCAUUUCAACCCCCGCCUCUCUCCUUCCUUACCCCACCCCUUCUCUCUCUCCCCUCUUCCUUCCCCUUCCCAACGAUUCCCGGCAGGGUCUGUUUUCGCCUUCAUUUGGGGAGGCUUUGGAGCAGCAUGAGUCAGCAGAGGUGCUGCUGCUGCUGUGCCGCAUACUGCAGGGCCGGCAGGGCAGGCGAGGGGAGAGGGGCGGCAAGGCGCUGCAUCGCUGGCUGGAGGGAGAGGGGGGGGGGACGGGGCGAGGGUGGGAGGAUGAGCUGUCACGGCAGCUUGGUGACAUCGUGCAUGUGGAUGUGGUCGGCGACCUUUGUCUUAUCUGGUCAACCGAUGUGUGCCAUGAAACGCUCAAGCAGGUGGUGAGGCUGUGGGCACUCGUGCCGGAGAGCCAGUGCAGGCCAUGGCUGCGCCGCAUAUCCGCCCACCUCGCCUGCUACUCGCCCGCCUACCUGCACUACUGCGCUCUGCACCAGUACACAUGCUCCUCCUCACCUCGCCUGCGCGUGCCUGCUGCUGUGCAGCAACCCGGGAUACACUGGUGGCGCCCUCCCUCAGAAGCCCCCACCGAGGGGGCAGGGGACGCGGGGGACGCAGUGACACCACCAAAGUUCAUAGCGCUGCAGCCCGCCAUGGCACUCGCGCUGCUGGCGCAGGGAUCAGGUGCGCUCAGCGGCGCGCUGAGCCAUGUCCCCUUUGAGGUCAACGCGGAGGAGCGCGCUGCUGUCACCUGCCCCUCCAGCCUCGUCCUACAUGGCCGCUCUGGCACAGGCAAGACAACAGUCAUACUCCACCGCGUGCUGCACCUGGACCGGCUCUUCCGCCUCUCUGCCCUCCCCCCCCACCUGCUCCUCGGACUGCCUUCUCCUACCAACGCUUCAAUCACCGCACAGGGUGACGGCGUGGGUGGUGAUGUGGGGGAUGGGAGCGGGGGCGGGUUGCGGCAGGUGGUGUUGACUCGGAGCCUGCACCUGUGCGCGUCCAUUCAGACUGAACUCGUGAAGGCUGCACGGGCGAUAGCAGCCCUGGAUGCUUUCCAAGCCGGCUCGCCCCCGCCACUCCCCCAAGCGGGUCAACAUGCGCACGGAGCACAGGCAGCUGUUGCAACAGCCGGUCAACGCGUGGGGAGCAGGAGCGGCACGGGCAGCAGCAGUGGCAGCGGCAGCAGCAGCGGUGGCAGGCUGUUAAUGCGGGAGGACCUGGAGAGCGCCCUUAUGGGGGGGUUGCCGCUGUGCAUCGCCGCCAUUCCGCCCACCGCGUUCCCCCUCGCGCUCACCCUCUCCAAGCUGCUGCGCCUGCUCGACGCGUCCGUCUCGCGCCCCUUCCUGCACUCCACGCGGCGCCGGCGCCGGCAGGAGGAGGCGAGGCAGCGCCUGGUGCUGGCCAUUGGCGUGAGUGGGCGGGGCGUGAGGCAGGCAUGGGAGGAGGGGCAGGUUGAGGGCGCGUGGAGUGGCCGUGUUGAGAAGGACCGGUGGGAGGCGAAGGGGGGCAGUGCGAAAGGGGGCAGUGCAAGGGGGGAAUGGAGGCGAGAAGGGGAGGGCUUGGGAGGAGGCGAGUGCAGCAGGAGUGGAAGAGGGCGGGAUGGCUGGGGAGGAUGGCGGGAGCAGCGGGUGAAGGGUGGAAAGGGGAAAGAAGCAGAGGAGGAAGGAGAAGGAGAGGAAGGGGAGGGGGAGGAGGACGUGGAGGUGGAUUAUGAGCGGUUCAGGCGGCACUACUGGGCUCACCUGGACCAGCGAGCCACCAACAGAGCAGCGCUGCAGUCACUGCAGGGGCAUGUGGGCGAGGAGGAAUACGUGGGGGGCAUGGUGGGCAGCAACGAACGCACGAGUGGCAUGAGAGGGGCGGACCGGCAGGCGGUGUAUGAUGUGUUCCGGGCGUAUGAGAGGAGGAAGAGGCGGCAGGGCGAGUAUGACUGCGCGGACCUAGUGGGGUAUCUGCACCGCGAGGUGCGGCGCAUGCGGGCGAGCAACGAGCCGUGGUGGGCUGUGGAGGAUGCCGUUGCCGUGGGUGGUGCAUCCAGCAGUGGCGCCACCCAGGGGUGCGCGGGUGCUGUGUUUGACUGUGUGGCGGUAGACGAGGUGCAAGACCUCACACAGGCGCAGCUCGCGCUGCUGCCGCUCCUCUGCUCCAACGUUGCUUCUGGAUUUGUGCUCGCGGGCGACACGGCUCAGUCCAUCGCUCAUGGGGUGGACUUCCGCUUUGAAGACCUUGCCCGGGUUGUCUAUAGCGAGUUUCUGAAUAAAGGGGAUGUGUGUGGCAGGGUUGGGGGGGAAAGAGGGGAUUUAAAGGCAGGAAAGGGUGGCCAGCAAAGCUGGGAGAGAGGCGAGGGGCGGAAAGAGAGGAGCAGAAAGGGUCAGAGUAAGAUCAGCAAUCCUAGCAGCAGCAGCAGCAGCAGCAGCAAUGCAGCGUCUCACCAGUUGGUGAAAUCUCUCCCCACGUUUCAGCUCGUGCGCAACUACCGCACUCACAACGGAGUGCUGCGCCUCGCAAACAGCAUCGUGCAGCUUUUAAAAAGCUUCUUCCCGCUGUCCAUAGACCGCCUGCAUGAGGAGCUGAGUACGUGCAAGCCGGUGCUGGCAGCAGUUUCCUCCUCGUGGAAACACCAGCUCGCUCAGGGCAUGCCUCUCAGCGCCACUCAGGCCAUCAUAGUGCGCAGCGCAGAGGAGAAGCGUGCCAUGGCUGGUCACUUUAGAGUGAAGCCGGUGGUCCUCACAGUCGAAGAGUGCAAGGGACUCGAGUUUGAGGACGUGUUACUCUUCAACUUCUUCACUUCCCCGCACUCCACGGCACCCUGCCAUCUCGUGUACACCUACAUGCGCAGCACUGGCCUCUCACCGCCCUUUGGCGCCAGCCUGCCUUGUCGCUGCAGCACCAAGGGCCAUAGCAGCUGCAGUCUCUGCACUCUGGAUGACCUCAGGGUUGCAGCCGGGCAAGCCGAUGGACUUCCUAUGAACUUCACCUUCAUCUUCACCUUCAUCUGGGGUAGUGUAGGUCAGAAGAUCUCGAAGCACUGGGCACCAGAGUACAAGACUAGUCAUCCAGCUUGUGAACCCAAAGCAUACGCACGUGUCUGCAUUGUGAGUCGGCUCGACUCUACAAUUGCCAUGCAUCUCUCUGCCUUCCAUUACGUCCGCUGCCCUGUGCCCUGCAGGCACUGGUCGCUGUGCUCCGAGUUAAAGCAGCUGUACGUGGCAAUAACGAGGGCCAAGCAGAAGCUGUGGGUGCUGGAGGAGAGAGGGGCAGGCGAGCGUACGCCCAUGGGAGACCUGUGGGCGGCGAUGGGCAUUGUGGCAGUGAAGGAAGAAAGGGAGGUGUGCCCGGAGUCUGUGAAGCGUGUGUCCAGUGAGAAAGACUGGAAGGCGCUUGGCUUUACUUUCUUUCAAAGAGGCGAUUACGAGGCAGCUCGGGCGAGCUUUGAACGGGCUGGGGACACGGGCAACGCUCGCUUCGCUGAAGCCACCAUGUUCUAUGAGGCGGGCAUGGGGCGCACAGCACAGCCAUCUGCAGCCGCCAUUGCUGUAUCAACCUCCUCUGCAUCAUCAGCCUCGUCUGCGCUGCCCCCAGUGCUCCCGGACCUCUCUCUGCUGUCCUGCACCGAUCUGCUCCUGGCUGCGGCUCGUUGUUUUGAGGGCAUCAAGAGGGGCUUGGAGGCAGGCCGUGCGUAUGCCAAGGCUGGGUGCAAUGAGGAAGCAGGUAAGGGUUGUUUCACGUAUGCAUGGGGCGGUGAAGUGCAUCUUGCAAGCACUCGCAUGCGCCCCGCCGUUCGUCAUCCACCAUUCAUUUCUUUCCUCGUCUGUCACGCAUGUCAUGCCUUUCACACGCUCGCCUUGCGCCCUGCUCUCCCGCCCUCCCUUAAUAUUUUAAAGAUUUCUCCCAUCGCCCCACCCCCCCCACCACCAUCACGUGCCUAUCUCACGCUCUGCCAACCUCCUGACCACGCCAACGCUGCACGGUGCUUCGAGAAGCUAGGCAGGUUCGCCGAAGCAUCUGAUUGCUACAACGCCUUGGGCGACAGACCCAGUGCCCUCGCUGCGUGCCUACGUGGCAGCAUCUUUGCCAAGGGCCUCUCACUGCUCGACAGCUGGCAGGCAGUGGCGUCUCACCAGGCCACGUCAGCACCGGCAUCUCACGGGGCAAUUGAGUCCAGCUCAGCAUCUGCGGGACCAAGGAGUGGAGAUUUGUCUCACCUGAGGCAUUGGUACGUGGAGGAAUGUGCAAGGAGGCUGGGAGAGCGAGGCAGUUACGGCGAGAUGAUGGCGUAUGUGCAUCUGCUGCCGGGAUUGCACGCCAAGCGCGCGUUCCUGGAGGGCGAGAGGCACCUGAGGGAGCUGGCAGGUCUAGAGGAGCAGGAGGGCGAGGUGAGGCGGGUGCCGGGUAUACUGCUGAGAGCGGGGAUGCUGCUGGAGGCAUGCACUCACUUGUGGAACAGGGGCUGGCCAGGGCGGGCCUUGGUGGCCUUUGUGCGGCACCUGCAGUGGCGGGUGAAUGCGGCGGGACUAGGGGCGUGGCGGGUGGGAAUGAGGAGGGAAGCAGGGGGCGGCAGCGAGGGGCAGGGGAGGGGCGUGGCGCUGAGCAGAGAGGAGGUGGCGAUGGCUCGGCGGCUGCGGGUAAUUGAAACGGAGAGUUUGGAGUUUGCAGACAGGAUGGAGUGUGAGGGGAGUGAUCUGGCGUGGGCCAAGGUGGAGAUGAGCGUUCUAUUGUUCGUGAUUGAGCUUCACUCUGAUGCUGCUGAUGGUGCUGAUAAUGCUGAUGAUUCUGCUGCUGCUGCUUCUGUUGCUGCUGGUGGUGAUGGUGGGAUCAGUGGCAAAGCGGGUUGUCCAGAUAGGCGUGUGUCAGAAGCUACAGACCAAGGGGCGGGGAGUGCUGCUAUGUGUGCAUCUUGUGUGGAGCUGGGCCGAGCAAAGAGUGCGGAAAGGGAGGCUCGCGUGUCGCAAGCGUGGAUGCUGGUAAGCCGGGGUCAGAUGCUUCCAGCAGGGCGCAUGGAGAUAGGCCCUCAGAGCGCUGCUGUAAACAGUGGAGAGAGCAGGUUCAGGGGCGUGGAGCGGCAGAUGGUGGUGAAUGAGUUGAGCAAGGCGGAGCUGAGAGAGGUGGAGGAGCUUUGGGAGGGGGGUGACGUGCUGCGGAAGGGCUCGGAGCAGGUGUGGCGAGAGAGGCGGGCGGAGAGCAGCGGCAUGGAGCAGAGGGACAGCAGGGGUGGUGAGCAGAAGGGGCGUGUGGAGUGGAAGGGGGCGGAGCAGCUGCGAGCAGAGCUGAUGCUCGCUUACACCGGGCUGCAGGAGUCUCUGUGCUUGCUGCAGUGGGGGCAGCGCUGCCUGUUGCACUACCUGGAGGAGCAUUUUUCAGCUGAGCCCCACAGCAAUUGCCCCCGCCGCGAACCUGCUGCUCACGCAUCUCAGCCUGCUGCCAACGCGACAGCAGCGGCUACAGCGUCAACGGCUGCAUUGGCCAGUCGUGGUGUCACAAUAUCAGCUGCAGCAGCAGCAGCAGCUCUACAGGCGUGCAAUCUCCCCGCGCCGUCCCUCUCUCUUCUCCACCACAAGGCGGCUCUCUGGUGGUGGCGAUGGGCUCGCAGGCUGGCCUCCCUGCUACCCGCCCUGCACCAUCUCCACAACCACUCCAUGCUUAAAUCAGACUCCCACCUGCCCCACCUGCACGCCCUUUUCUCCCUCCUCUCCACCACCUUCCACCGCCACAUCCUCUCCUCCUCUUCCCCCUCCUGCCAGAUCGAUGACAUGGGGUUGGCGUGGGCGCGUGGGGAGAAGGCUGAGAGGCUGUCCUCCACAGGGCGGAGCGGGAAGAUGGAGGGGAAGCAAGCUGUGAAGGCGGUGAAAGGGGUGUGGGAGAAGGAGUUUGAGAAGCGAUUGGAGGACACGAGGCGAGUGGUGUUUGAUGGGGUUCAGCUGUGCUCCUCUGCACUCAUAAGCUGCUCUGACAAGGUCACUAUGGCCACGUGCAAACAUCACAUGUCCACUGCUUCUGAACCACCGCUCUCUCUGCAUCAGACACCCUUCCCAUGCCCUUCUCUGCUCAGCCCCUUUCACACCCUCUUUUUCCUUUCUGAACCCUUCCUGUCGUUGCUCCCUGUCACCACACUUUCCUGCUCACGCUCUGCCUUCUUCCAGCCCUGUUCUCUCACUCCCACUCACAACCUCCUCACCUCCCUCCUCCUCCACCCCAGUCCUUCCUCCACGCACUCUCGCCUUCAUGCCCGCCUCCACCUCACGCUCCUUCAUCUCAAGGCUGCCCUCGCAGCCCUGCUGCUGCUGCCAGACAAUCGGCUGGAGAAGCGCAAGUCGAGGGAGAAACGAGCUGCCAGUGCUGAGGAGGGGAGUGGCGGAGCUGGAGGGGUGGGGGGAAGUGGAAGCAGGGGCGGGUGUGGUGGAAGCUGUGGUGAGGGUGAAGGCAAAGCGGGCGUGGGAUGCGAGAAUGGAGUGGGUGUAGCCUGGACCACGCAUGGGGCAGCCGUGGGGAACACAGCAGGGCAACGUGUGGUUGGUGCAGUGCUGCAUGGCGCAUGUAUGGAGGAGACUGCUGGGAUUUCAGAGAAAGAGGUGUGGGGCAUCACACAGCUCCUGCUCGUGUCUACAGUCAACUCCUUUCCCGACCCUCGCAACCCUCCGUACUUCAAGCAACAGUUUGGCAGCUUGAAGGGAAAUCCUCUCAUGGCAACCUCUGUCAACGGCUUCUUUGAAUCACUCAGCACGCGAGCACUGCUGUACCAGCAAGCGUCCAACAUGUGGAACGUGCAUGGAGAUGCGGGACGGCAGGUUCCUGCCAUCUGCCUUGCGUCAUUGCUGCCUCCAUCUCCUCCUCCAUCUCCUCCUCUUGCUCUUCCCUGUCCUCCUCUUUCUGCUCCCUUCUAUGCUGCCCCCCCAAUCCUCCUCCCCGAUCCUCCAUCUGCGAUCUUCAACCUCCUGGCACCUUUUGCUGUCCACCUCGCUCGGCUCCUCUCUCUGCUGCUCCCUGUCUUACGUGCUGGUGCAACGGAAAGGGAGGGUGAAUUCAUUGGGCGGGCUAGGUUGGAGCUGGUGCGUGCGGUAGAGGCAAUGGGCAUUGACAUGGUUUGCCACUCACUCUCACAUUAUGAGAGCCACUGCUGCAAUUGGGGAAAGGGCGGAUGA